AUGUCGUAUGCGACGUUGGGACAUUUAUUAGCACAAUAUGUAUUGCACAGGAGACUAGGGGCGGAUGAACCAGCAUAUACGAAAAGUUUAUGGCAGGAUAUAGAGGACCAACUGCAGAAGUUUAUGGACCAUUUGAAAGAGGACGGAAUGGACGCUAUGUAUUAUGCGAAUUGCAAGAACACUGCAUGGCAGCACUGGACGCUGCCCACUGCGCGACCCAGAGUAGUUACAAGCAUGGGUGACAGAAUUAUAUGCACACUUAUGACUAAAGCAUUGUAUUUUGCAAAUGGUUGGAGUUCUGCGACGUUCGAUGAUAUGUCCGACACUGGGCCGAAUAAGGACCUGAAGGAUUUUAUAAGAUGCGGAAUUGUAAAUAUGUUUAUGCAUCUAUUGGAGGAAUCAGCAUGUGCGAGUCCGUGGGGUACAUUCUACGCAUGGUACUCCGUGAAGCAAAUGAAGAAUGACGGACCGUUCGCACGGAACUUAAUAUAUGAGGAAACAUGUAAGAACGGAAUGGAAGAAGAUAUUGAGGUAGAAGGAUGGUCUAUGAAAGAACGUAUUAAAGAAUGGUUACGUAGACAUGAAAGCAUAGGGAACAGAAUAAAGAAAGCACGUGUCCGUACGAACUGUAGCCGUAAUAUAGGAGAACUCCCGACACAGGGGCAAGGUGCGAAAAAUACGGAGGACGGGGACAUAGUAAAAGCCCAGGUAGUACAAAUAGCGAAGAAUCUAAGCAAAGGUAUGGCUAAAAUAUUCAGAGAAAUUAAGAAAGAAGUGAAGGAAAGUGGUAGCAAGGGGAAAUAUGCAGAAUCCCCAAUUACUGACUCCGCCGCCGAAGCAUCGGACGACGACGAUGCGGAUGACGAUGAAGAGGAGGAUACGAAUGGUAAGAACAUUAAAGCAUCACAGUGCUACUAA